CGGCGGCAGGAGCGCGCAGACAUGGCGGCUCUCAGUAAGCACAUCAACCAUACGUGCUACGAGCUUGGUCAUACGUGGAACCCGUCCUGCGUGGAGUCCACGCUGCAGGUGACCGCGGGCGCGCUCGAGGCCGCCUUCAAGAUAUACGCGCCGCUGUACGUGAUCGCAGCCAUUCUCCGCAAGAGGAAGAAGGAUUACUACUUGAAGAGGCUCCUUCCGGAGAUCCUCCAGUCGACUUCGUUUCUGACGGCAAACGGUGGCCUUUACAUCGCCUUUUUCUGCAUUCUACGGAGGAUUCUGGGAAGGUUCUACUCAUGGUCCUCGGGGUUCGGAGCGGCGCUGCCAGCGUCCUACAUAGCCAUCCUGUUAGAGCGCAAGAGUCGGAGGGGGCUACUGACCAUAUACAUGGCCAACCUGGCCACCGAGACCAUCUUCCGAAUGGGUGUCACAAGAGGGCUCAUCAGCCCUGUUAGACAUGGCGAGGUGCUGCUGUUCUGCCUCACUGCCUCGCUCUACAUGUUCUUCUUCAGGUGCAAAGAUGGGCUGCAGGGAUUCACUUUCUCUGCUCUCAAGUUCAUCGUCGGGAAAGAGGAGAUCCCGACACACUCGUUCCUGGCAGAGCACACGUAUCCUAAAGGUCCCGAAGGUGGCGCUGUGGAGCGAGAGGAGCCUGGCAGCCUGUCGACCUCCAGCAGGCCCUCCAUUAGGUCCUCCGUUGCUGCCCUGACCAGGAGACUGCUGGAAUUUGUGUGCAAACACGGACCCCGACACCGCUGCUGCAAACACUACGGGGACAACUGCAUCACGUACUGUGUGAAGGGCUUUGUGCGCAUGUUCAGCGUGGGCUACCUGAUCCAGUGCUGCCUGAGGGUUCCCUCCACGUUCCGCCAAGUGUUCACGCGGCCGUCCCGCCUGCUCUCCCUGCUCUACAACAAGGAGAACUUCCAGCUGGGCGCCUUCCUCGGCUCCUUCGUCAGCAUCUACAAGGGAACAAGCUGUUUCCUGCGCUGGGUGCGUAACCUUGACGACGAGCUGCACGCCCUCGUUGCUGGGUUCCUGGCUGGAAUCUCCAUGUUCUUUUACAAGAGCACAACCAUCUCUAUGUACCUCUUCUCCAAGCUCGUGGAGACCGUGUACUUCAAGGGCAUCGAGGCCGGCCGCUUCCCCUACUUCCCCCAGGCAGACACUCUGAUCUACACCGUCUCCACAGCCAUCUGCUUCCAGGCAGCCGUCAUGGAGGUACAGAAUCUGCGGCCCUCGUACUGGAAGUUUCUGCUGCGUCUGACCAAGGGCAGGUUCGCGCUGAUGAACCGCAAACUCCUGGAUGUUUUUGGCACGGAAGCCUCGCGGGAAUUUGGCGACUUUGUACCCAAACUGGACCCCAAAUACAUAACGACGCUGCCAUUCGACGUGGAUGUACAUUUGGGCUGAGGUGGGGUGGGGCUGGGUGGGGGCGGUGGUUGGGCCUGGGAGUUUGGGGACCCGCCCCCAACACCUCUAUGCAGUGUUAUCAGUGUUACCUCUGUGAAACAGUAGGGAAUAAAUUACCUGAAGUGUCUGUGCUGCAGUACCACAUCUUGAUCAGCAGGGGGCAGAGUGGGUCAGUGCUGAGUAGAGGUUCGGGAUGCUCUGCCGGGGGGUGGAGGCAAUUGAAUGUCUUUUCGAGGGCGAGAAUACCUGUAAAGGUGAUAUAUGACAUGAUGCAGACAUCAUACGAGCUGCAGCAAGGGCACUUCAAGUAAAAGUUUCCAUUUUUUUGGUCAGGGAUCGAAGAGUGGCCGGAGACUCGGCUAAUGUGGGAGUUAGUGCCCGAGAAUGUGAUAUGGGACUUUCGAAUCUUAAUAAUGACAAAUAUGUAGUUUAUAGUUAAAUAAUAAAUCAAAUAAUAUAAAGAAUUUGAAUUGUACAAAUGUUAAAACAAUCUUUUCAAAACCUCUUUUUUUUCUUUCUAUUCCAAACUUUUCUGAUGUUUAAAUAUCUUGAUUUCCUACAGAACCAGAAUAUGUAGCCAGGCUGAGAGGUGUUAGACUAACCAAUAGGAUGAGUUAAGAGGACCAAACUGCACUGUAAGCUUAUCAGUCCGCACUCACAUUUUAUUAAUUAUAGGUGUUAGACUUUUUUCUUAGGGCUACAGUGGGGAAAAAAAAAAAACCCCACAAAUAUGGCCUGCUUUUCUGUGCAGUUGUCCCACUCUUUGGGUCGAGAGCCCACAGACACCCGGCACCUGCAGUCCUCCUCGAUCCACUGAUGGGGAGUGUGACUGCAGUGUAGCCAACCUGGAGUUCAGGUGACGUGUCAUGACACAGCUGGAAAUUGUCUGAAAUCUUAUUUGCACAGAUCUGUUUGUAAUUUAUGGAGAAGUAAAUCUCUGUCUCAGCAGCGCGGAAAGGUGUACCUAGGGUUUGCUGACGUUUGUCGAGUUGUGGGGAACGAUGGACAUCCCGCUGCCGGGAGGUGAAUAAAAGCCAAUCAGGAACCAGUGUUUCCGGGUGUUUAUGACAAAUCAGUAGAACUUUUCGUUCUGUUACGAAUGUAGCGUGGGAUAUGGCUGACAUUACACCCCCGACACACAAUACCGUAUCAUAAACUGUAGUAUAUUACAACAACAGAAUAUUUCUAUACAUGAUGUGUAUUGUAGUUUUAUUAUUAAUCAAUUUACCUGACACUUUUCUCCAUGCUGACCCAUAGUGUUAUGUUUGUACACUACAGUAAUUAUUUACUCAUUUAUAUAGCAGGGUAAUUUUUUUUUUUUUUCCUACGGUUCAGGGUAGGUACCUUGACUAAGGUUACUGCAAUGACUGGUUAUUCAAAAUUUAGCUGCUCUCACCACUAUGCCACCUGCUGACUCAUAAAUUAUUUGCAGUAAUGGGAGAACUGAUUUCUCAAGUCAUACAGCGUAUUUACAUGCUAUAAACUCUGGAACUCCCUAGCUCACAUAUGUUGCUUAAAUAUGAGUUGUGCUCUCUGUCUGAGAUUGUCUUCAUAUUUACUAUAUCAUCACAGCCAUACAGGCACAUUCACAUAAUAAGUGUUACUAUUUCUUACACUUUGUCCAACAAGCCUGUAGUUGUACCAUUGAAAACGUACCACUAGGUGGCAGCAUCAACGUUUCAGCGCUGCCAUCCUCUUCAUGGGACUGUGCACAAUAGGUACCACUAGAGGGCGCAUCAUCAUGUCGUUGUGGGGGGGGGACUGAUGGGUGCUGUACUCCUAGGGGCACAGUGAGGGGUCAUUCUCACCUCUGCUGUCUGAUGGUUUUACCAUGUUUACAGUCGCACGGCAUUGCAGAGGCUGAAGUCCUCGACCCGGAGGGGCCUUCGGGUGGGAAGGGGCAGUGCUGACGCAGGGUCGCCUUGGCUGUGUUCACACCUCAAUGUUGCUCCUCAUGUUAGA